GCAAAGGAUGAGCUCAACGCAGCAGUCAUCAGCACGAUCAUCCACCUCUUUGACUCGAUGGUUUCGGGAUGGACCGCAAAGCAUCCAUGCCAUUCUUUCCAGAUGUCCUGAGCUCUCAGGCCAUCGCCAACAUCCAGCCCAACCAGUGACCGGUCGGUCGUACACGACAGCCACUGUCACUUGCACCUGAAACGGUAGAAGCUCCACAGCGGGGACCACCGCCCGCCGCACGCCGCAAAAGAAGCAUCUCGCCGAACAACACCGGAAAACCAUUCUUUCACCUCAAGGUUCACCCUGCAAACAACACAAGCCAUGUUUACCUGGCGACGGCAAUUCUCCACCGCCGCAACCCUCCUCAAAACCGCCGCCAUGGCCCCCUCGCAACCCACCACCUCCUUCCAAGUCUUCCGCGACGUCCCCCCUCUCCGCACCCUCCGCCGCCAAAUCCUGGAAUCCAACCGCACUGUCGGCCUGGUCCCCACCAUGGGCGCACUCCACGAAGGCCACCUCUCCCUGAUCCGCCAAGCAGCGUCGGAAAACACCGACGUGGUCGUCAGCAUCUUCGUGAACCCCACGCAAUUCGGCGUGAACGAGGACCUCUCCAGCUACCCACGGACAUGGGACAGCGAUGUGGCCAAGCUGGAGCAACUCAACGCCGAAUUGACGGCCCACAACACCCACGGGCGUAUCACGGCGGUGCUCGCCCCGACCGCCCAGGUCAUGUACCCAACGCUUCCCCCCUCGUCGGAAAUCGACGGGGAUGGGUCGUUUGUGACGAUCACGCCCAUCAGCAGGAAGCUGGAGGGGGCGUCGCGCCCCGUGUUUUUCCGCGGGGUGGCGACGGUGUGUAUGAAGUUGUUCAAUAUUGUGGGCGCCGAGCGGGCGUAUUUCGGGCAGAAGGAUGUGCAGCAGACCGUGGUGAUCAAGCGGAUGGUGAAGGAUUUUCAUGUGGAUACGGAGAUUAAGAUUGGGCCGACCGUGCGCGAGGCGGAUGGGCUGGCGAUGAGUUCGCGGAAUGUGUAUCUGGGGAAGAGGCGGCGUGAGGUCGGUUUGGUGCUGUACCGCGCGCUCCGGGCGGCGGCGGAGCAAUACCACGCUCAUGGGAAGCUGCAGCGCAGCCAGAUUCUGGAGGCGGCGGAGCGUGUCACGAAGGAGGUGAUUGCGGAGCAGCGGGGGUUGGCGCCGGCGGAGCGCGCGCUGUUCGAGGUCGACUACAUCUCCCUGGCGGACCCGGAUACGCUGGAUGAGCUGGAGGUGGUGGACCCCAGCAAAGGGGCGAUUCUGAGCGGGGCGAUCAAGAUGGCGCCGCUGGAGGAGAGCAGGGCCGGCGAGGACUGCGGGCUGGGCGAGGGCAAGGUGCCGGUGCGGUUGAUCGAUAAUUUGAUCUUUGCGCCGCGAGUGUAGAGUUCGGUGGUAGGUACAAAGAGCAGACUACACGAUGCAUACAUAUACCCAGAGUACUCGAUACACAUGUUCACAGACAAUGUGAACUAGUAGAUUUACAUACAU